AUGCGCCUAGGGUUUGCAGAUCCCCUUUCUGCGCCCUUCCUUCGGGUGCUUCGACGAGAGUGGGCUGGACGGAAGACGGUGGCUGGAGAGGGGGUGAGGUCGGGUCGCCGUGGUCGGACUGAUGGGCUCGGUGUUUCAAGCUGGAUUCAAGGUACGCUCGAUUGGUCCUUGUGGCUAUCUCGCCGUCGAUUGAUACGGUUCUGUUCCGCCGGAGUUUUGGUGACUGUAAGAGCGGAAACAUCACGUUCGUCUGGCCACAACCCGCUCGACUUAGACCAGUUUCUGAUUGGGAUCCAAACGUAG